UUUCUGGCGAUCUUUUUUCUACGAUUCGUUUCCGAGCCCUUGUGAAAUUAUCAUAAUCUUCCCUUUUGCAAGCAAUUGUAUUGCAAAAUAUAUUUGCGUUAACAGAAUCCCAGGUUCAUAUGGGUUCCUAUACUAGUCACCCCGCUUUUAAAAAAUAAAAAGCAUUGAAUACACCCUGCUAAGAAAAUUUAAGUGCAGUCAAAAACUUUUAGGACACUGGAUUACAUCAGGCAGAAAGAGUACAAAGAAUUUGUACCCCAUAUGUGUGCGCAUCGUUCUCAGGUGCUCUAUUUUGUUAUUGUAAUAUAAGUGAUACUCAGGAACUUGUUUGUUUCUCGUCUUAUGCCGAAUGUUUCGAAGGCUAAUCCUGUAUCUGAUAAUUCAAACUAACAUCUUUUCCAUAGAGCAUGUUUCUGUUUUAAAAUGUUCGUUUCAUUAAAGUGUUCCUUUCCUAUGCCCUAGCACCGGUUGAAUGGCAGUUGUACUUCAUCGUAUCGAGUAUUUGUGUUUAUCCUUCGUUCCGUCAGAUUCUCUGCUGGUAAGAGGUACAACAAAUCCAGCACACAGCUUACUUGUCUAUAGAGCGUUGAUUUCUCAAAACGGGUGUUUUGCUUUGAAUAUAAAUACAUCCAUCAGUCCGCUGUAUGCGGCAGCAGACACAUUUGUUGACUGUACUGAUGAUCUAGAAAGGCUGUUGCGAGUGGCGUGAAAAGGCUGCAAGUGCCCUGUAAAAAAAAAAAAAAAAAGACAGGCUAUUGUGGAAGAAUAACCUAUGAAGUAAGUAAAGCUGUUCGUGAUCUUUACUCUCUGCGGGAAACCUUACAAACUUUCAAAUAAACCUGUGUGCCAACUGCACACCAAGAUUUUGAUUACUGCCCCGAAGCAACAAAUGUAGUACUGUCACUGUGCUAAAGCAAUAAAGGUGCCUGGAACUCAGUCAUCGUUUUGAGUAUCCAUAGGACGGAAGAUCUUCACCACUAUAAAAUGCUUCUGCUGUACUUCUGCUUUUGUAGAAUAGCAGUAGCUAUCAGUAACCAGGCCCAAUCCACAGUGAACAGCGUCACAGUUUAUCCCGUCGUUUAUGAAGACAGAGAAGACAACCAAAAGAAAGUAGUAGCUUUUGAGCGCGAGCAGUCCCUGGCAUUAAAGAGAGCAUCCGUUUUGGCACCAAGGCUUCUGCUUCAGGACUACCCCGGCGACGGAACCGGCGGGAAAUACGUCAACGGAGCCUAUUACGAGCGCCACCUCUAUGAAAACGCUGCUCAUGAAGCCGCUCUUUUGGUGAAGCCGCAAGGGAGAGGACGCUACCAUAUUGCAGGCCUCAUUAAUUCGACGCAUUUUAUAGAACCACUCAGAAACCACAUGGAUUUCAUGGGAAGAACUCCACAUUUAUUAUCGCGGAUUCCCGCCUCAACAGAAGACGCUUUCUACAAAAUGAUAAAAGUGAAAUCUCGCACGAAUGGAAAUGUGUCCCUUCCAGAAGCAAGAGCGGAGCCCGUUGGACUUGUCGUGGAAGUGGCUAUCAUUAGCGAUUACUCUCAUACGCUGGGUCUUCGAAGGAAGUUGAUCAAAGGUCUAGAAUACAUAAUGCCGUACAUGUACAAGGUCAGCCUGCAGCUGCAGCAGUUAACGCCCCCUGUCCGGAUUGCUCUAGUAGGAUACCAGAACACAAGUAAGCCAAACGCCGAAUAUGUCAGCCUGUUGCCAACUGGAGCUCUGAACGCUGACGACACUGUGACAAAACUAAGGAAGUACGCGCCAACAAGUGCUUCCACUCGGCAAUCUGACUUAGUCAUUUUAAUCACGGGAGCUGGAUUAUUUGACUUGUCAGCACCUGCUGGCGCUCCUGAGGUGCUUGGCAUUGCACCCUUCGAAGGAAUUUGUAGCCAAUACAGCGUGGCAGUUGUUAAAGACUUGGCUGGAACAUACUCCGGAGUGCACUCAACAGUCCAUGAAAUGGGCCAUUCACUUGGCUCUUACCACGAUGGCGAAGGAACCUCAGUGGAUUGCCCUGCCCGAGAGGGAUACAUAAUGAGUCCACAGUCACAUGGAGCACACAGGGAUAAAUUUUCACGCUGCAGCCAAAGGGCCAUAAACAAAUAUAUAACGUCAGGUGAUGCUACAUGCCUACAAUACGCAGCAGCGACAAGUGCUUUGGGCAUUUUUCCACGUGCUAUUGUGCCUUCACUUGAUGCACAUUUACCACAAGACCACAAAGUCAACAUUUCAACACGCGUGAACACACUGUAGACUAAGGGUCCUCGAGAAGAACCUAAAAACAGAUCUGUAGAAGUAAGCCAAAUCAUAUGACACCAGGAUAAGGACAGAAAACCCAACCAAAAAGGAGACUGCUGCUCAGUGACUUUUCGGGCAUGGCAAAUUAAAUGCACCUUGAAAAUAAAAUCGUAUUCGGUUUCUUCA